UCUGUAUGAGAACUCUUUCCUCUCCUAUUUCAUGCAAGGUUAGUCGCUCGUCGUCGUCGUCAUCGUCGGAGUAUAAAUUUCAAGAGCCGAUAUUGUUUCUCGAUUGCGACGAUACUUUAUAUUGGAGGGACCAGCGAUAGGUGGCUCGUUUGCUGACACAAAAUAUAGGAAAAUAUAUUCAGAAAAACUUCGGUCUGGACUCCUCUGAGGGCUAUUCUCUCUAUUCUAAACACGGCACGUGCAUCAAGGGACUCAUUGAGGAAGGAUAUAUCGCCAGAUAUGAUCAUGCGGAAAUUGCGCGAUACUUCAACGAAACGCAUGCCAUCAAUGAGCUCCGAGACCUCAUCCCUCCGGACACGGCGGUUAGACAAAUGAUCGAUCGCAUUGAUGUCUCCACAUGGGUUCUCACAGUCGGGCCAAUGCAACACUGUUCACGAUGUCUCGAAUAUCUGGGCAUCGAUGAUCUCCUCCCGAAUGUUAUUGAUACUGCAAUGUGCAACUUCGAGACGAAAAGGAAUGCCACUUGUUAUCGCAUUGCUAUGGAGAUCGCUGACGUUACUGACCCAUCGACUUGCAUUUUGGUGGACGACUCCCCUGCAAAUUUGGAGGCGGCCAAGCAGGUUGGAUGGCGCACAGUUGUGGUCAAUCCAAAUGACACGUUGCAAGGUCCGUUUCCAGGAGUGGAUUUCAUCAUCGACAAUAUCACACUCCUCCCCACCGUUAUUCCCGAAUGUUUCAAUUCUGCUGCUGAGAAAUCGGACGUCUCCUCGGAUGACGAGAUUAUCUCAGUUUCGAUAAAUCUAUAUACAGGAAAACGUUCGAGGCACAUCGAAAGUGUCGACACGGCGCCAAGUGAGUCGCAGUUUGGCUCUUUCGCAAGUGACAUUGCUUGCGACGACUAAUCUCGAUGGCAGCCGGUUAUGAUUAUUAAAUGAUGCAGCUACUCGAAGUAGUUUCAUCAUUUAGCAUUUUACUGCAAUAAAAAGAUGCAGCUACUUUUCAUUCCUGGUCGAUUUUCUAUUCAUGUGAAGUUUACGGAGGACAAACAUCGUCUCUCAUCUUCACGUUCUGUGCACAGACGGGUCUUCAUGGCCUUGUCUGUUAGUAUCGAUAUUGAAUUAUUCGUAGUUGAAACACCUUUGAUCUCGAGAUGACCAUUGUGUCAUCUCUAAGUUAUCAUU